GAUUAAAUUUGAAACCUCGAAACCCUGAGUAAGAGCACGUAAAUUCGAGCGCGGAAAGGGAAGCUAGAAGAGACGCUCUCUCUUUUUCUACCUUCAAUAUCCAUGCUCAUACCCACGGAAAAAAGGUCUGGCUGUUGAAGACUAAUUCCUGUUUCUGUUGAAAACUUCAUUUUAUCGUCUGCUAGCACCGAAGACAAAGCCUGAAUUGAUGUAAACACAAGACGCUUCCUCGUGGAUGGCCAAACCAUUUUUUGAUGUAAGAAAGAAUAUGAUUGCCGCGUGAAAUAAAGAUUUGUAAAUGGAAACUAUUCUAAGAAAGACGAGAAGCAAAAAGAAGCAAGAAUGUGACCAGAGUGGAUGAUGGGAACAUUAAGUCGCGAAGUACAGUUAGAAUUAAGAUGUGAGCAUUUAGAAGAAAUUGAGCUUCCACUACCUCCGAGCUACCAGGAAGCAAUGAGCCAAACAAUCUUUACAAUUGAUGACUUUUGCGCCAGCAGAGACACGCAGAAUGCCUCGACUCUCAGUAACGAAAAUGCCAGAGACAUGCAAGCUGCAACUACUGACCACGAAGGUCAGAAUUCGUCUCUUGCUGUUGAGGUAGAAACUUCAGAUCAUGCAAAUCGCAGAACGUUAGAGACUGUUAAAGCAGUUGCCUUGAUAUUCAUAUUUUUGCUGUCAGCAACAUUCAUUUACAUGGGUUCAAAGUACCUUUACGUUUGUCCAAUUAUGAUGCCUGCAAUCGUUCUGUACCUUGGCGCAUAUGGUUCGCUGUGCGUGAUUUGUAAAAUUGUUAUCACGGAGAAACUUCAUAAUAAAAUGAACAAUGUUAUCAAAUGUUGCUGUGGGUUCGGAGGUAUAAUGGCUUUUCUUUGCCUUCUCAUUCUGGAGGGCGCUAGUUGGGGAGGGUCUACGCAUUAUUCUGGGGAAAGUUUGAAGUCAGUGUAUGAGGAAAAUAAUGGAACUUCAAACUGUCCUCAGACAUUCAUAGACUUCACCAGAGGAAUAACUUUGUCUGUUUCUAUAGCCUGUGGUGUCUUCUUCUGCUUUUUAUGCUUCCUCCCCUGUAUCUGCAAAGACGACUAAUACUACACUCUCAGAAUAGCAAGCAUACCAGAAAAAAGUAAUGCAACGCUUCCCCUGUGUACCAUUAAGCCAUCAAGCCGUGGUUUGUUUCCGGGCUCUAGGCCUCAAAUCCCUAUUCAGUGGUGGUUUAAUGUAGGGCUGUAUGCCCCAAAUCCCUAUUCUGUAGCAGAUAGAUAGAAGACAUAACGAAAUCUGUGCCUGGUAGCAAAAAUUUCUUUAAAGUAGCGGCUUAUAUUUGCUCGAGUUGAAGAGCUACAAGUUUUCCUACUGAGAGCAUGAUAUAUGGCGCGUAACUUUGACUGGGGAAGAACGUCUGUAAGUUCUUUUAAAGAUAAUAAACCACCUGCCAAUUUUCCUGUCAGUGAUUCAAAUUGGUAUUUCUUUUUCAACCCCUCAUCGAUGAUGGUACUUCUUUUUCAACCCUUAAUCGAUGAUGAUUUCAGAAUCAUUAAGGUUCACAGGGGAGUCAUCAAUUUCAUUUAUUCUUCGUUGAUGACCAAUAAUCUUAAAUUCAGUUUUCUUGGGGUUCACACUCAGUUUAUUCGCCCUUGACAAGUUACUGAUAUUUAACCACUCUUUCAUUGUCGUGCAUUUGAGCCCUUUUAUGUCAUUAGAUGCGAUUAUUGUACAUGUCUAUCAUCUGCAUACUUGUUUGCUUUGGAAAUGUCCAAGUAACACUCAAAGACAUUGAGGUUGAAGCCCCUAACCUUGAUUAAGCCCCAUCUAAAUACGUCUCAAAAUAAUAAGCUCCCAGUAGGUCAACUCCAUGAUUUACGGUAUCUCAAUAAUAAUAAUAAUAAUAAUACUAUAUAACUAAUUGACAGAUGGUACGUUGGAUGAUAGAAACUGCAGUAGUGAAUAAAUGAUUUAAAAAAUUUGAAGUGAUGUCGUCCAUCUCUUGGAACAACUCUGAUUAACAGUAUCGGUCUUCCUGGCAUUUUUAUAAACUUUUCACGAAAGAUGAACAAUUGAAUUUACAUUUUCACGUACUUUUGUUAGAAUUUCUUGAAAAUGUAGUAAAUUAACUCCGUGGCUUUUUAAUCAUUUCAAAUGCUUUGAUAUAAAAGGUUCUUUAUGCUGCAUUAGCUAACGUAUUUUAAGCAGCAGUAGUUCAGUAGAUCGAAGGAUUAAAAGCUUAAUUAUUAGUUUUAUAAAUUUUUUAUUAAUUCAUUGUAAAACAGAUUUUAAAUGUAUGUCGCUUUUAUUGUUACUUUUCAUUAAUGGAACAUGUUGUUGUCUUAUAUUCUCAUAUCCUUGAAUGCAUCAUUGGGGUUGUUGGCAAGCCGUUUGCAUCGAGUGGGCACAGCAAUAGAAGGGACAAAACUUUUGAAAGGGCAAAGCAACCAAACGACAAAAAUACAGGGGCUAAAAACUCAAAGGAAGCAAUAAAUUAAGGGGAAAAGAAAUAAACAGGCUAGAGAAAAGCAGGUGUAAUGCAAAAAGUAUAAAAAAGUGCCCCUUUUUGAAAAAUAUAUUGCGUACACGCAUUUUUUCAAUGCUAGAUAUGCUGUCUUUAGAAACAAAGUAAAAUAACAUAACUCUGGGCGUGUUUGGAGGACCAUUAAUUGAAAAUUCCUUAAAUGUUUACAGUCAGCGUAUAUCGUGUGUGUUUUUGAAAGUAGAAACUGGAGCCCUAUCUCUGAUUCUGGGAUGCGUAAAAUGUACCCUAUUCUGUGACUUUGCCAAAAUUGUGAAACUCUUUUCACUGAGAAUAUUCAAUCUUGAGCAGGAAUUUCUGAUACCAAUUCAUGUAAGAACCAUCUUAAACUUAUGACUAGGCAAGUUAAAAAACAGAGUUUACUAAAUUUGAUUUCAACAACAAUCCCUUGUGGUUCUUGACAUAUAUAUUAACAAAAUCAGACAUCUGCAAAACUAUAACUGCAACAUAUUGCUUGCUUCACAACAUUGUGUUCAAUGCUUUUUAUGAAGAAAUGAAAAAGUUGUGUCCCUGCAAUGAGUACAUGCUAACAAAGACUUAAAUUUCUUAUCUAGGAUUAGAACACUAUACAAGACUAGACGUACUGCAAAAUUUGUUGUACUUCAAUAUGCCAUUGAUUUAUCUAGAAAGUUAUCUGCAACAUUAUAUCAUUGAAUUCCUGCCCUUUUUUGUGUUUCCUCUGACUGAUUAAGAAUGCAACCCAGUUUUCAAGAUUCUAUGUCCCAGAAUUCUAGCUUUUUUUGAGUUUUUCGGAACUCACAUGUAAUACGUUUUACCAACAGACUGAGCCCCCCGGGAUCAAGUUUAAGGAGAGUUAAAAACUUGUUUCGUUCAUAAGACUGAAGAGAUAAACCUAAUCAAUGUUGCAAAUUAAAUUUGCUAUGACAGUGAAGAAUGUCCCCGCACCUUCAGCCGAUUGGGUGAAAAUGGCUUACCUAUGAAAUUUUUUAGCUUUUAAGAAAAAAAUCCAUGGAGGCGAACGAAUUUGUGUUUAAGUGGGGAUGGUGCGAAUACCAAGGGGGACGAAAUUUUUAAAUAUGAAAGUAAGAAAAUUAAUAUCAUUAUUAUGUCCAACGUGUGUCAUAAUUUUUAUAAUUGUCUAAAUUACAGUGAAAUCUGUACCAUUUUUGGCACUUACUAAUGUUUCGGGAAAAAAUAUUUGUGCCCUUUUUAUUCGUUAUGCCCCCCCCCCCCUGUUCAAAACUGCGUCCUGCGGCCCUGUAGUACCGUAUUGACUUGAGACCAUAUUGACUAGUAUUUUUCUGAGGUAGAAAAUUGUCAUUCUU